AUGGACGACCACGAUCAUCCGGCAUCUCAGGGCACCGAGAUUCGUCAUCAGCUAGCCAAUCUACGUUCCAAAAUCUCUACGCUACCGGAACUACCACCAGAUGCAUCACCUGGAACAGUGAAAAAGCGCGUGGACCUGCUCGAGUACGUUGAAGGCAAUAUUGCUGAGAUCAACAAGGAUCUUACGCGCGUCAAGGGACAACGGGAGGGUACCAGACGCGAAGGAGAGAAUACCCUUACUAGACCAGCGAGGCUUGAGGCGUUGCUGCCAGAACUCGGCCAGUCUCCAUUGACUGCGUCGGCAUACAGGAAGAGCAUCUUGGCGUAUCCGGAACAGGGUACUCUCUUCAAGGUUGAGGAUCGAGGAUUCGCGCGGCUGCUACGGGGUUUUGAAGAUUCUGAAGAAGAAUGGAUUGCGCAACUGGAACCGCUAGUGGAGAAACGGAUGGCCUGGGGUGCUGUGUGCAAGCAAGCGAGUGAUAAUGCUGGCCUCAAGCGUGUCCACGAACAACUGUUGGCCAUAGACAAGUUUAUCCAGGCACAAGAGAACGCUGGAUGUGCUGAAAUGCUGGUUGAUCAUGUCGUCCGGUCUGUCGAGAUAAUUAGAUUCAUGAAGAUCUGGACAGAGAAUGAAGACAAGGCAGGAAAAAAGUCAUGGAAAGGCAAAUACCUGACCGCUGCCUGUAAGAAUGCGAAUCCGGAGCUGUACCGCCGUUUGGAUGAUGCUGUUGGCGAGGAGAGGAACACUGUUGAGGGUGAGAUUGCAGAGGCAUUGAAGCGGUUCAAAGAGGCGCAUCAGCGAGUUCUCAAGGCGAGAAAGCCAUUGGUGAUGCUGUAUGAUCAUUUUGGGGCUGUCGUGUUCAUGGAUCGUUUAUGGGACAUUAAAGAUGGCGGAGCAACCAGACGACGUAGUGGGGGCUUUGCGCAGUUUAUCGCGGCCCUGUGCCAGGAGCUUCCCGCAGACCGGACUAGUCAAUAUGAUGCCGGCGCACAUUCUUUGAGGAUGGUGCUAAAAGUGUUUGCAGAGUCGAGUGCAGCCAGCUAUGUUGAGGCGUUUAUGAUAAAGUAUCCACCGAAAUAA